UCUCCUCGUGUGGGCAAAACUUGCGGAGGAGGUUCUCGACGAGCGCAAGAGGAGCGUCGGCCUCAUGGAUUUCUCGGCGCUGAUACGGAAAUGCGGGAUCUCCAGGGACCUGGAGGCGAGCAAGCGGAUCCACGCGAGGGUCCUAGGCAGCGAUCACAGCGGCAGCACACUCAUCGGCAACCUCCUUGUCCAGAUGUAUGGGAAAUGCGGCGCUCCGGAUCUUGCCAGGGAGGCUUUCGAGGCGAUCGAUGCCAAGAACAGCUUCUCGUGGACGAUGAUGAUCAUGGCUUACACCCAGAACGGGCAAAUGCGCGAGGCGCUGAAUUUCUACCGAGCGAUGGACACCGCCAAGAUAUCGUGGUGGCAACCGGGCUAAUUGGAAUGUACUCGAGGUGUGGCAGCGUGGAUCGAGCAAGAGAAGUUUUCGACAGGAUGAGCUACAGGGAUACAGUGGCUUGGACUGCCAUGAUCGCAGCGUAUGCCCACACUGGGCAUCCCCGGCAAGCGAUGGAGCUUUUCAAGGCCAUGGACGUAGCGCCAAACGCUUUCACGGUGUCGUGUGUUCUUGGAGCUUGCUCGGACCUGGGAGCUGCGGAGGAGGGGAGAUUGUUCUACAAGAGGGUGGUGUCCGAGGGACUGGAAGCCACGACUCCAGUGCUUAACUCGCUGCUCGACAUGCUUUCCAAGUGUGGGAGAUUGGACGAGGCCAGGGAGGUGUUUAACAGCAUGGGAGUGAGGAGAGACGUGAUCUCUUGGAGCUCCAUGGUUGCAGCGCUCGUCCGGCACGAGAGCUUCAAGGAGGCGCUGGAGUUUUACAGGCGGAUGGAUCUGGAAGGAGUGAGGCCGGACUUGUUCGUGUUUGCCAGCGUCUUGGACGCAUGCUCGAGGCUCGGGGACUUGGAACAGGGAAAGGCUGUUCACGAGAGGCUGCGAGCUGGAGGCAGUGAGCUCGACGUGGUUGUGAGCAGCGCCCUCGUCAACAUGUACGCCAAGUGCAAGAGCCUCAAGGACGCGAAGCAAGUCUUUGACAGGAUCUCCAACAAGGACGUGGUUGCCUGGACUACGAUGAUCGUGGCCUUCUCCCAAGAUGGUCAUUCGUCCGAGGCUCUGGAGCUCUACGAACAGAUGAUUGCUAGAGUGGAGAAGCCCGACGCGUACGUAUAUGCGAGCGUUCUCCGCGCAUGCUCGAGCGUGGGAUCUCUCGCGAAGGGCCGGGAGAUUCACGCUCGGAUUCUAUCCGAGAAGAUGGAGCUGGACUUUGUGAUUAAAAACUCUCUGCUCAACAUGUACCUCAAGUGUGCCAAUCUGGAGGAAGUGAGGCGGAUGUUCGACUUGACACCUCAAAAGGACACGAUCCUAGUGACAAUGAUGAUCUCGGCGUAUGCUCAAGGUGGCCAUCCGGAGAAGGCGCUCGACCUUUAUCACGAGAUGGAGACUUGGGACGUGAGACCGGAUGGCUUUACGUACGCUAGCGUCAUAAACGCAUGCACAGGCAUGGGAGCCCUGGCAGACGGAAUGGUGGUUCACAGGGAAAUCGUCCGAGAUGGUUUUGACGGAGACCCGGUCGUCCAGAACUCGCUGGUAGACAUGUACAGCAAGUGUGGAAGCCUUGGAGAAGCUAGAGCGGUGUUUGACGACAUGGUGAAGAGAGACGUGGCUACAUGGACUGCACUCUUCUCCGGCUAUGCAAAGCAUGGCUUCAACAACGAGGCACUGGAGACGUUCUGGUGCAUGGCACUCGAGAGCAUGGCGCUGGACGAGAUUAUAUUCACGACAGUGCUACAAGCGUGCAGCCACCUGGGCUUGGUGGACGAGGGCCGAGACUACUUUGUGUCGAUGAGGAGAGACUUUGGAUUGGCACCAGGCGUGGAGCACUACGUUGGAAUGGUUGAUGUUCUGGGAAGAGCUGGAAGGCUGAAAGAGGCCGAGGAGCUACUGGGUGGAAUGCCGUAUGAGCCAACUCCAGUGGCAUGGACGACGAUCCUGGGUGCCUGUAAAAUCCAUUCGGACACCGAGCGGGCGAAAAGGAUGAAAGCGGACACUGAAGAGGAGGAGGAAACGGCGUGCAUGCUUAUGUCGAACAUAUACGCUGCUUCAGCCUCCAAGAACGAACUGUCACGCAAUAAGUCAUCUCUCUUUGUUUUCUCCUAGCUAACUCGCCCGUUUUGCAGAGAAGUUUUGAACUAGGUUUUGGG